AAUGGAGCAGAAAGGACCAAGCUCUCGCGAUAUGUGCCGACGAGAAGUCAGCAGACCACAUUGAGGCUGCAUCCAGCGAAGCACAGAUCGGAGGCACCGGUCAACGCGUGUUUGCAACGCCCAAGUGUGCACAAGUUAGCCGGACGAGAGGGCUUGGAAGAUGUCCGUGGUGGGAUUUGAUUUGGGCUUUCAAAGCUGCUAUGUCGCCGUUGCCCGAGCAGGUGGGAUUGAGACGGUUGCCAACGACUUCAGCGACAGAAGCACGCCGUCAUUUGUCUCAUUUGGACCCCGGAAUCGAUCCAUAGGAGCUGCUGCAAAGAGCCAGGUGGUGACCAACUGCAAGAACACGGUGCAGGGCUUCAAGCGAUUCCAUGGCCGCACAUUUUCCGAUCCCUAUGUUCAGUCAGCCAAGAAGAACCUGGUGUAUGAUCUCAAGGAAAUGCCUUCUGGAUCCACCGGUAUUAAGGUGAUGUACAUGGAGGAGGAGAAGGUGUUCAGCAUUGAGCAAGUUGCUGGCAUGAUGCUGACCAAGCUGAAGGAGACUGCUGAGAGCGACCUGAAAAAACCAGUGGCUGACUGUGUAAUUUCUGUUCCCUGCUUUUUCACUGAUGCAGAAAGAAGGUCCGUCAUGGACGCCGCACAGAUCGCCGGCCUCAACUGUCUACGACUAAUGAAUGAGACCACAGCUGUGACUCUGGCCUAUGGCAUCUACAAGCAGGACCUGCCGGCUCCAGAAGACAAGCCCAGGAUUGUUGUGUUUGUUGAUGUGGGCCACUCUGGUUACCAGGUGUCCAUUUGUGCCUUCAACACAGGAAAGCUUAAGGUCCUGGCAACCGCGUUCGAUUCCGAGCUCGGCGGGAAGGACUUUGACGACAUCCUGGUCAGCCACUUCUGCGAGGACUUUGCUAAGAAAUACAAGCUGGACGUGAGGUCCAAACCUCGCGCGCUUGUGCGUCUCUAUCAGGAAUGCGAGAAGCUCAAGAAGCUGAUGAGCGCCAACUCCUCGGAUCUGCCGCUCAACAUUGAGUGCUUCAUGGAUGACAUUGACGUGUCCAGUAAGCUCAAUAGAGGCCAGUUUGAGGAGAUUUGUGCAGGGCUGCUGGCCAAAGUGGAAGGGCCACUGCGUAGCGUCAUGGAACAAGCCAAGCUGAGGAAAGAAGACGUGUAUGCGGUGGAGAUCGUAGGCGGUGCCUCCAGAAUCCCUUCCAUCAAAGAGCGAAUCAGCAAAUUCUUUGGCAAGGAGCUGAGCACCACUUUGAACGCCGACGAAGCCGUGGCCAGAGGCUGUGCCCUGCAGUGCGCGAUCCUGUCUCCGGCCUUCAAAGUCAGAGAGUUCUCUAUCACAGACGUGGUUCCUUAUAGCAUCUCUAUUAAAUGGAACUCGGGAGCAGACGAAGGACUGAGUGAUUGUGAGGUUUUCCCAAGAAACCACGCAUCUCCCUUCUCCAAAGUGCUAACCUUUUACCGAAAGGAGCCCUUCGUUCUUGAAGCAUACUACAACAACCCCAAAGAGUUGUCCUACCCCAACACUUCCAUAGGACAGUUCCUCAUCCAGAAUGUGGUUGCUCAGACAUCAGGCGAAAGUGCAAAGGUCAAAGUUAAAGUUCGAGUCAACAUUCACGGUGUUUUCAGCGUGUCGAGUGCCUCACUGAUAGAGGUCAUGAAAUCGGCAGAUGGAGAAGAGGCAAUGGAGACGGACCCUGCAGUGAAGGAAGAGGAGAACAAAAUGCAAGUGGACCAGGAGGAUCAAAAAGCAGACUCUGGCGGAGACAAGAAAUGUGAGACUGAAGAGAUGGAGACGGCAACAGAGGACAGUAGGCAGGAAAAGAAAAACGACCAGCCUCAGGCUAAAAAGCCAAAAGUGAAAACAAAAACCGUGGAGCUUCCCAUCGAGAGCAAUUUGUACUGGCAGCUGUCCAAUGAUGUGCUAAAUACGUUUGUGGAGAAUGAGGGGCAGAUGAUAAUGCAAGAUAAGCUGGAAAAGGAGCGAAACGACUCAAAGAACAACGUGGAGGAAUAUGUGUAUGAAAUGAGAAACAAAUUGUAUGGCGUCUUAGAGAAGUUUGUCAAAGAAGCGGAUCGUGAUGCGUUCUCCCUGAAACUGGAGGACACAGAGACUUGGCUCUAUGAGGACGGAGAGGACCAAAAGAAGCAAGUUUACAUUGACAAACUUGCAGAACUGAAGAAUAUCGGGCAGCCUAUUGUUGAGAGAGCCAUGGAGGCCGAGGAGAGACCGAAAGCAUUCGAAGAGCUAGGCAGACAAAUCCAAAUGUACAUGAAGAUCAUUGCCGCCUAUAAGGCAAAGGAAGCGCAGUACGACCACUUUGACGAGCUGGAAGUGACCCGGGUAGAAAAGCAGGUGAACGACACCAUGGCUUGGAUGAACGGCAAGAUGAACCAGCAGAACAAUCAGGACCUCACACUGGACCCUGUGGUCAAAGUGAAUGAGAUCCAGGCUCAGUCCAAGGAGCUUUACACAGCCUGCAACCUUGUCUUGUCAAAGCCCAAGCCCAAAGUGGACCCACCAAAAGAGAAGACCGAGAAUGGGCCAGAUGAGGGACAGGAGCAAACAGAGAACCAGUGCCCCAAUUCAGACAAAAACCCACCAAAAGCCACGGAGCAAACUACGGCGGAGACUAAACUUCCCAACAUGGACAUAGACUAACUUUUGCAUUUGAACGUCACGCUUCUGAGAUUGAUCGUGAGGCUCCAGCAGCCUCGGCAUUGUGGACAUGUACAGCAACGUCUCUUAUCAGUACUACUCUUGUCAUACUGCUUUAUUUCUUAAUUACAAAAUAGUUCACCUAUGUUUAUUAUUGAACAGUCAGAAAGGAUUGAUCAUUAUGUUUGUAGUAUAUCUUACUAAGGUAUAAAUAAUGUUGCAAAGAAUGUGGAAUGUUCCAGUGUUCUACAUGAUGUGUGCAUUUCACUCCACAUCAACUGGAUUAUUUUGUAUUUAGAUUCCAAAGAAAUGUUGUUGUUUUUUCUGUGUUUUACUGUCAUGCAGGUUUCUAUUGGCUGGCAAUGGUUGUGUAGUUUACGCUCUGGUAGCUUUGUCAUUUUUGUUUCUACUCAACAGUAUGAAUGCUCGCCCAGGAAAUCAUGUUUCUUGGUGCUGCGAUUGUUGUCGCAGCGUUAUUAUCCUUUUAGAAUAAAAUACAAUUAAUCCAAAUAACUACAAAUCAAGUGCUAUGUGUGGAGACACUUGCCAGUUUUGUUUUAAUUUCUUCAUUUUUUAAUAAAACUACUCCACAACCAAA